CGUGUUAUUAGACCCCAAUUGCAACAAUGAGCGCUAGCAAUCACUUCGAGCAUUCUCGUCUUCUUUGGGAGCCACCAAACCCUCGUUCAACAAACAUAGAACACUUACGAGUCCUGAUUAACCGUACAAGAGGACCGAACCUCAAGGAUUAUCAAGACCUGCACAAGUAUUCCGUGGAAGACUACAAUUUCUGGCUCGACCUAUGGAAAUUUCUUCGUGUUAUAGCCUCGAAACCGCCUAAAGCAAUACUUGAACAAGGACCAAUUCCAGAAAUUCCUAUAUGGUUCCCGGAUGCCCGCCUCAACUACGCCGAGAAUCUUCUUUGGAGAAACGACGACGGUAUCGCGUGUACGGCCUGCGGUGAAUCUGGGAGAAUCGUCAACUACUCCUUCCGCCAGCUCCGAGAGUGUGUUCGAGAGAUGGCGUCUGCCAUGCGUGCUACUGGAGUUACAGUUGGGGAUAGGGUAGCAGCUGUUAUCACCAACUCCUUCGUAGCUGUAACGAUAGCUCUCGCAACCGCAAGCAUAGGCGCGGUCUUCUCAAGCACAGCGACGGAUAUGGGUAUACAGGGUAUACUUGACAGAUAUACUCAAAUUCAGCCGAAACUCGUCUUUGCGGAGACUGAAGUAUUCUAUGCGGGAAACACAGUGGAUCUUGUUCCCAAGGUCACAGAAGUCAUCAUGAAACUGAGACCAGGCUUGAAGUGCGCUGUCUUACUUCCAAGUGUCGUUACGGGGAAAGAGAUCAAGUUGGAACAAAGCGUAACUCUUCGCGAAUUUCUGGCUAGAGGCGAUAGUCGAGAAGAGCUACACUUUGAACAGCUACCGUUCAGUCAGCCUCUAUUCAUUUUAUACAGUUCUGGGACCUCUGGGCCACCGAAAUGUAUCGUUCACUCUGCCGGUGGUAUACUCAUGCAAACGAAGAAAGAUAUCCAUCUCCAUUUGGAUGUCAAACAAGAUGACACUUACUUCCAGUACACUACGACCGGAUGGAUGAUGUGGUCUUUCAUGCUUACAACCCUAUCAAUCGGCGCACGCCUCAUUCUCUAUGAUGGAUCACCGUUCCAUCCCGAUGUACAGACGUACUUGAAGUUCAUCAGUGACCAGGGGGUCACUCACGUAGGAACGAGCCCGCGCUUCCUUGCUGAGGUCCAAGGCAACGGUAUCGAGCCUCUAUCCCUCGGGACUUUCGAGUCUUUACGCGUGCUAGGUGUUACCGGUGCCGUGUUGACACCCCCUCUGUUUGAGUGGGCAUUCCGUGCGUUUGGGAGUAGGGUUCAUCUUCUUUCGAUGUCGGGUGGGACGGAUAUCUGUUGUGGAUUGGUUGGUGGAAAUCCUAGUGGUCCGGUGUAUGUUGGGGAAAUCCAAACUAAAACUCUUGGAAUGAAAAUCGAAGUAUUCGAUCCGGAAGGAAAGAACGUGGAGCAGACGGGAGAACCGGGAGAGUUGGUGUGCACAAGACCGCAUCCCUCGCUGCCUCUCAAGUUCUGGGGAGACACAGAGGACGGGAAGAAGUUGAGGGAAACGUAUUUCAGUUUCUUCCCUGGCAUCUGGAGGCAAGGUGAUUUCAUUGUCAUUAACCCAACCACAAAGGGUGUUAUGAUACUCGGUAGAAGCGACGGUGUUCUAAACCCAAGUGGUGUCCGGUUCGGUUCGGGGGAAAUCUAUACGGUGCUAGAGGCCUUCAGUGAACAUAUCGACGAUUCUAUAUGUGUUGGACAACGUCGGGCUGCGGACAAGGAUGAGCGGGUGUUACUGUUCUUGAAGAUGAGGCUAGGACAUACCUUCACGCCAGGACUGGAGAGGGAAAUCCGCAAUAGGAUUCGAAGCGCAUUGAGUGCCAGGCACGUUCCCGCGCAUAUAUUUCAAGUCGAUGAUAUACCAUACACGGUGAACGGGAAAAAGAUCGAGAUUGCUGUAAAGCAGAUUGUAUCUGGGUCGAACUUGAAGCCGAGUGGGACUGUGGCGAAUCCAGAUUCGCUACGGUUGUAUUACAAGUAUCAAGAUAUAGAGAAGAUUGCUAAUGUGCAGGCAAAGCUGUGACGGGGUCGGAUUAUGCCUUUGUGUUAGUCUCAAAUUCUGGAAGAAUAUGUGUAUUUAUGCCACUAAUGAUUUGUUAUGGGUACACCGUUU